ACUUAUACGUUUUAGGGUUUGGUUCCCUCCGUUGGAAUCUGAUGUCUGGUUGGCUUAAAAUCUAAAAGCGAUAAAAGGGCGUACCUAUAAAACCCGAGAGCGGGAGAGAGAGAUUCAGCGUGUUCUGUUUUGUUGGGGAGGACAGAUGAGAAAGCAAUCUUUGUCCCCUCCCCAACACACACAUAUAUAGAUUGACUUAACAAAUAUGCCGACACUAACGAAGCUAUAUACAAUGCGAGAAGCUUCCCAACACAACACCAAGGACGAUUGCUGGGUCGUCAUCGAUGGCAAGGUUUAUGAUGUGUCAACUUAUUUGGAUGAACACCCUGGUGGAGAUGAUGUUAUGGUUGCUGCAACCGGGAAAGAUGCCACAGAUGAGUUUGAAGAUGCUGGGCAUAGUAAAAGUGCAAGAGAGCUAAUGGAAACCUUCUGCAUUGGGGAGCUCGAUCCAGCUUCACCCCCAACUAUUAUUCCAGAACUUGAAAUUCCCUCCAAGAAGAAGCAGCUCGAAGACUUGACAAAGCAAUACUGGACCGUUCCUGUUACUGUUGUUGGCGUCUCUGUGGUCUUCAUUGCCGCCUUGUACUGCUGGCAUAGGAAGUGAAGGAAUGUCUUGAAAACAGAUAAUAACUGUCAAAAUAUUUAAAUGAUCAGAACUAUAAAUAAUCAUGCCAGAGAACUUUUUAAUGAUUUGAAUGGGCUAUGGUUGGUGGUUAUUCUUACUGGUAAAAAAUGGAGACUUUUUUUGGGUGAAUAAAAAUGAGACACUUGUUCUAUUGUUUAAUAAAUAAUGCCUUAGUGUA